CCAGGCCAAGCAUCAGUGCUGGCUUAAGUAAAUGCAGCUUCCAGGGACAUGUCAAGCAAGAUCUUCGAAUCUACCCAGAUUUCGACCGAAGGGGAGGAGAAGCAAGGCAGGGGGAGGAGGAAAGAAAGAAGGGAGGAUGAUAUAAAGGCAACAGAGGAGACACUCUUGUGUCCCAGUUGCUCUGAAAGCCCUGGGAGAGAAGGAGAGAGGUCCUUCGCCUCCCCUGGCUUCCCAGCUCUUGAAAUAGAAAGAAAGCAGGUCCUUCUCUUUGGUGCCAAAAGGACUCAGAGGAGCAAAGCAGAAGGAUCACCAUUGUUUGCAACCGUAACCAAAUCCAAAGAACUGCCAAGAAGAAGGCUUUUCGGAAGGAGUGUUGCCUGCUGUCUGGUUUCUCUGGAGCACACGAUGGCCAGAAAUCCCUCUCCAGGGUGGACAGUUAUGCUCUUCUUUGGGCUCCUGUUUGUUGCCCACGGGGCCCAAGCCUUCUUCUUGCCCAACGCCACUCACUUGGAAAGCCUCCUCAGCAAAUACCGGGAGGAGCAGCCCCACCUGAGGAGCAGGAGGGCCAUUUCCCCCUCGGACAAAGAUGAGAUCCUGGCCCUCCACAACAAGCUGCGAGGCCAGGCCUACCCAUCGGCAUCCAACAUGGAGUACAUGAUCUGGGAUGAUGAGCUUGCGAGGUCGGCUGAGUCCUGGGCGCAUCAAUGCAUUUGGGGUCACGGACCUGAAAGUCUCCUGCCAUCCAUCGGUCAAAAUCUGGGGGUUCACUGGGGCAGGUUCCGUCCUCCAUCUUUCCAUGUCCAAUCUUGGUAUGAUGAAGUGAAAGACUAUACAUAUCCAUACCCUCAUGAGUGCAACCCUUGGUGUCCAGAAAGGUGCACAGGAACCAUGUGCACACAUUAUACACAGAUAGUCUGGGCCACAACAAAUAAGGUGGGCUGUGCUGUUCAUGUCUGCCCAAGGAUGGAUGUUUGGGGCCAGCUUUGGGAAAAUGCUGUUUAUCUCGUCUGCAACUAUUCUCCCAAAGGAAAUUGGUUCGGAGAAGCCCCAUAUAAGAACGGCAGGCCUUGCUCCGAAUGCCCCCCAAGCUACGGAGGAGUUUGCCGGGAAAACCUCUGCUACAAAGAUGACGCUUUUGCACAGAAACCCGAGAGAGAGGAAACAAACGAAGUGGAAGUGCCACAAGUGACGGAAGACCAACAUGUGUGGGUCCCAGAGAGGGUGAAGCCCCAGCCCACAAAGCCCGCCAAGGAGAAGAAAAGGACAACGGUGGCUUACAUGACCCAAGUCAUCAAAUGUGACACCAAAAUGAGGGACAAAUGCAAAGGCUCGACAUGUAAUAGAUACCUCUGUCCUGCCGGCUGUUUGAACAGCAGGGCCAAAGUGUUUGGGACCUUCAGCUAUGAGAGCUCAUCCAGUAUAUGCCGGGCUGCCAUUCAUUCCGGUGUGUUGGACAACCGAGGAGGAUUAGUCGAUAUCACCAGGAAAGGAAGAUCAGACUUCUUUGUCAAGUCAACAAGAAAUGGAAUUGACUCGAUAAGUAAAUUCAAGCCUUCCAAUGCCUUUGUUGUUUCCAAAGUGACAGUGCAGACACUGGAUUGUUACACCACGGUAGAGGAGCUCUGUCCAUUCAAGAAGCCAGCCACUCAUUGCCCAAGGUCAUACUGUCCAGCGUAUUGCAAGGAUGAGCCAUCGUACUGGGCCCCGGUCUAUGGGACCAAUGUUUACGCAGAUAGCUCCAGUAUCUGCAAGACGGCUGUGCAUGCAGGGGUCCUGAAAGAGAAUGAAGGGGGUUACGUGGAUGUGAUGCCUGUGGACAAGAAGAAAUCCUACAGUGGUUCUUUGAAGAACGGGAUUCGGUCUGAAAGCUUAAAGACUUUGAGGGAAGGGAAAGCCUUCCGAAUCUUCGCUGUGAAGCAAUAAGCCUCCAAGAAAAACCUGCCCUUCAAGCCAAGGAGGAGCACAUUGCGCUGUACUUAAGCGACGGGACCAGGCCCAUUCAUCCCGGCAUGUAGUACGACAAAGCCCUAUUAGUUAAAACUCUUUGAAGCGAGUGAGAGAGAAAUAACAAGAUGGCUGCAGGAAUCACAUUGGGACUAUCUAUGUGUCAUUGGUGCCAUGCCUUAUUAGGUUUUCUUCUGCUAUCAAAAUGCUUAGGGUCAUUCCAUGAAGGUUGUAGGUCCACAUAACGAGGGGAGGGAAAGGCAUUUGACACCAUGGAGUUGCCCAUUCCUGGCUACAGUUUCCCAAAGACAGGUCUCUUAAACUCGUCCAAAUAUCGCAUGUUGUUUCUGGAGGUAGAUGUGUGGAUGAUUGAAGCAUCAAGUAGGCAUGGAGUCAGCCACAAGACAACUUCUUGGCCCAAGUCAACCAUCUCAGUGUUUCAGAAAUGUCUUUUUGCCUGUCUUUUUUGGGAAGUCCUAGCUGGAGUCAAUGGUUGAAUGAGAUAGGAACAUGAAGUUCAAGCAAUGUGGGCAUAUAUUUUGUGGACUUUGGAAAGGAACUAUGAAGUCAGUGGAAUGGAAAGAACUCAGUAAAAGAGUGCCAUCUCUGAAAAUGGGGAAUUUACCUUGAACCGAAAAUGUGGCCUAGUUUGUGUUUGCUGGUCAAACAACUGCGGAAGGUCUUGGGAUGACGUCAACACAACAACUAACAUUUUGCUCAGUGGCACACUAGACAGCCUUAUAUUACGUACUUAGAAUUUAAUACAAGUUAUUUUAUUCAGCAGAGCUGAUCGUAAUCUCGCUACGCAGUGGUCUCUAAAUGUGGAUCUUUAUUUUAUUGUUGCCUUUUUGGUUUGUACAGAAUCGGGGCUCAUCUCUCUGGCUGUGUCUGCUGGAAUCAACCGCAUUAUCUUACAGGGAGCUGUCAAUGCUGCUCGGUCUUCUUGAAUUCCAUAUAUCGGAAAUUUAGGUCCCAAGUGCCUCUGUAAUCCUCCCAAUUUUAAUUUUACCAUUUUGAUCAUUCCACUGUUUCUUUUAAAACUUCAAACCUUCCUGUGAACUAGAUCCAAAGAGCCUGUUUGUUCCUUUUUCCAUGGAAAUCUGGAUAUCUAUUUUUUGUUAGCUCACCAAACUCUGAUUUCAAGCCAUAUUACAACAUGACAAAUGCUACGAUUGGAACAUGAAAUAGCUGUUUAUUGAGAAGGGUGUUUUUUGGUUUCUGAUUGGUUCAACUUCUUAAAAUUAGCAUGUUUCCGAUAAACUUUGUGAGCACAUAGGACUCUGACUGUAAAGGGCAAGCUGCCGUCCGUGUUGCUCCAAUGGUGCUAGUUAGGGAUCGGGCGUCUUCUUCUCACCCCUUUUGCUCAAGUAAUAAUCCCCAAAAAUGGAUUCAUUUUGAAUUUUACUUUUGAAUUUCUACUAACUGAGUUUAGUGGAAGGCAGUUAAGUAUCAGAAAUGCUUACUAUGAGAAACUGCAAGUCGCUUCAGGUGUGAGAAAAUUGGCUGUCUGCAAGGACGUUGCCCAGGGGACACUCAGAUGUUUUGAUGUUUGACCAUCCUUAUGGGAGGCCUCUCUCAUGUCCCCACAUGGGAAGCUAGAGCUGACAGUGGGAGCUCACCCACACUCUCCCCAGAUUUGAACCUGUGGCCUGUCGGUCUUCAGUCCUGCCGGCACAAGGGUUUAACCCACUGCGCCACCGGGGGCUCCUCUGACUAUGAUUGAGAUCCCAGGACAGCAUAACUCCAAAUAGGUGCGGAGCUCUUCAGAAACUCUUGAUUCAAUUAGAAACAACUGGCUGCCUUUCUCUGCAUCAUACUUGGGUUCCUUUGCCUAGAGCAGUCAGCUCUAGUUGUCAAACCCUCCAAUAUUUCACAGUUAAAGAGGCUUGAUCUGGCAACAUCAGAGCAUGCUCAAGAAGGCAAAAUGUCUUAAUGAAGAACGGACAAGCUUGGAGAAGUGGCAGCACUUCGCUAUUGUGGGAUUUCACCCCUCCUUUCCUAUCCCCCCUGCUUUGACUUUUGCACUUUGAACUCAGUUUGUGGCCCAUGAAGUAAGCUGAGGACAAA